CCUUCAUUUCCAUUCCAUUGUUUGUCGUGCUCGUUUUUGUCCGAUAAUCAUCGAGUGGGGGGUGUACUGACGCUACUAUCAUAAAAAGGAGGAGGAAACGGUGACGCUUAGCCUAAACUGUAAAGCGUAACAUAUAAUCGUACGAAAACAGUUACCGCGGUGCGUUCACUACAGAGUGUUGUGUGUGUUUUAGGCACCCCAUCUUACUGUUCGGAGACGCGUGAUUUUAUUAUAAUAAUCGAACAUUCCUUAAUAUCAGCGUAAGCAAUGUACAACUUAAAAAAACGAAAUUCAAAUUUGUCUGCGGACCGGGCAGAGGAGGAUAGCCAGGCGAUGGAAAAGAUGCUGGGUUCUGGCGGCGGCAGAAACGGGGACACGGGGGUACACGACUCCCCGAAUCCAGAGUGCUCGCCGGGGAGCCCAGACAAAGAUGCCAGCGAGGGAGAUGGAGUCGCUCUAAAAAGAACCAUAACACUGGUCAAUGGCGUUGCCAUAAUUGUCGGUACCAUCAUCGGUUCUGGGAUCUUCAUAACCCCUACGGGGGUGAUCAAGGAGGCCGGCUCUGUGGGGUUAGCUCUUAUCAUCUGGGCUGUCUGCGGAGUCUUCUCCACUAUCGGUGCUUUGUGCUAUGCUGAACUGGGAACAACCAUCUCUAAAUCCGGCGGUGAUUAUGCCUACAUUCUGGAGGUCUACGGGUCCUUGCCAGCUUUCCUAAAGCUGUGGAUCGAGCUGCUCAUUAUCCGCCCCUCUUCGCAGUACAUCGUGGCUUUCGUGUUUGCCACCUACCUCCUCAAACCCAUCUUCCCCGACUGUCCGGUACCAGAGUCUGGAGCCAAACUUGUGGCUUGUCUCUGUAUAUUGGUGCUGACAGCAGUGAACUGUUACAGUGUGAAGGCAGCGACCCGUGUUCAGGAUGCCUUCGCCGCGGCAAAACUGUUCGCCCUCGGGAUCAUCAUCGUUAUCGGCUUUGUUCAGAUUGGCAAAGGUGAUACUGAAUACCUUUUGCCGGAGAAUGCUUUCAAAGACACCAACACUGACAUUGGGAAGAUCGGCCUGGCUCUCUACAGUGGACUCUUUGCUUAUGGAGGCUGGAAUUACUUGAACUUUGUCACAGAAGAAAUGAUUGAACCUUUCAAAAACCUGCCCCGUGCCAUCAUCAUCUCCCUGCCGAUAGUGACCCUGGUCUACGUGCUCACCAACCUGGCCUAUUUCACCACCCUCAGCCCCCAGCAAAUGCUCAAUUCAGAGGCCGUUGCCGUGGAGUUUGGGAACUAUCACCUGGGAGUCAUGGCCUGGAUCAUCCCCGUGUUUGUGGGUCUGUCCUGUUUCGGCUCUGUGAACGGUUCUCUCUUCACCUCCUCAAGGUUGUUCUUCGUUGGUUCACGAGAGGGGCAUCUGCCCAGCCUUUUGUCCAUGAUCCACCCUACCCUGCUCACUCCACUGCCCUCCCUGAUAUUUACAUGUAUAAUGACUCUCCUGUAUGCCUUCUCCAACGACAUCUUCUCAGUCAUCAAUUUCUUCAGCUUCUUCAACUGGCUGUGCAUCGCCAUGGCGAUCAUCGGGAUGAUGUGGCUGAGAUACAAGAAGCCGGAGCUGGAGAGACCCAUCAAGGUGAAUAUCCUGCUGCCGAUCUCCUUCGUCUUGGCUUGUGUGUUCCUGAUCAUCGUGUCCAUUUACAUGACUCCUGUGGAGUGUGCCAUUGGCUUUGCCAUUAUCCUCUCGGGGGUUCCUGUUUACUAUUUCGGAGUGUGGUGGACAAACAAGCCCAAGUGGGUGCUCCAAGCCAUCUUUUCUUCAACCGCUUUAUGUCAGAAAGUCCUGGAGGUGGUGCCUCAGCAAUCCUAAGGUGGAGCAGCUGUCCUUUCAGUCCUGCGCACAACAACUUUCCUGCUACCCACACUCGUGAAGUGAAUACUGGAAACUGGCAAGCAACCAUGGAACCAACCGCUGUACCUCAUUCUGAAUAGGGCAUAUGAUUUGUGUACAGGAGGGGGGGCUGCUGAGACCGGGGGUGGGGGGGUGGGUAUUUUAAUUUGUGCAACAGGGUUUUUAUGUCUAGCAUAUUCUGUUGUGCUUUUUAGAUGGCAAAUAGUUUACCUCUAUUUUUAUUUAUUUAACUUUUGUUGCAAAAUUUUAUUUUUAAACCUAAAUCUUAAUGCUGGUGAUACCCAUGUGCCUACAGUGUCAUUUAGUCUAAACCCAUUUUGAGGCAGGGAAACAAUUUUUGAUCAAACCACUGUUUAAACAGCUAUGGAGAGCAUUUACCAGUGUAAACUCCUUGCUUAGAGAAUUGUAGAGAUAUAAGCUAGCUAAGUGUUGCAGGAGACUUGCUUUCAUUUUUAUGAUUGGGGGAUGGGCGUAAUGGUUUUAAAUGUUCCAGAAAAUAUAUAUUUAAUAAGCCAUAUGAUCCUGCUUUGAUAUCUCCGUUGACUUAAAAAACAUCCAAAUAUAAAACUGCAGUAUAAUAUACAUACCUUUUUAACAGGCCAGUGCAGACAUGCUUUUCCCAAAUCUGAGAUGUAGUAUAUUAAACUGAACUACAGUUGUCUUAUCUUUGUGUAAGAUGCUGGUCAUCUAGUCUGGUUCAAUUUCAAAUACAAAUACUUGAAUAUUACAGUUCAACCUCAGUAGUAGGAACUGUCAUAAAAGAGCUUGGAUAUAGAGGAGAUAUAUUCAGUAAACAGAAUGUGUAUAGGCUGUCAAACAGUGCUCUUUAACAUUGAGGUAUGGGUUUUGUAUCCAUUCAAUUCAUUUUUAAAUAUUCAGUUAUGGCCAAAUGUUUUGCAUCACCCUAUAAAAUUAACUAAUUUUGCUUCAUAAAUUCAAAUGAAUUUUGCUGAAUAAUAUUUUGUUAACAUGUUGAAUUACAUAUUACAUAUUUAUUGAAAAACUGACCAAUUGAAAAAUGUGACAUUUAAAAGUACUGUACUACUAUUAUGGAUUCCGGUAGACUUUUGCAAUAUAAUUUUGUAGUUUCUUGGAUUACAUGAUAGAUAAAAGAUCUAAAACUCAAAUAGUUUUAUUUAUUUAUUUAUUAUGACUCAAUCCUAAAAUUCUUGGUGAUGCAAAACUUUUGGCCACUGCUGUAGUAUAAAACAUUAAAUGUUUAAUUACAAUUUAAUCAUCAAUUUUGCAGAUCUAUGCAACAAUGUAAGAAAUGGCACUCGUAUGCACGGUUCAGAAACACUGAACCUUAAAUCCUGAACAUAAAAAACAGAUUUGAUUACCCAUACCGAAUAAACAGCUAAAGAAUCUGCCUAACUGAACACCUUUUAAGCUUAUGUUAUAAUCCAGUAUUUUAACUGUCUGAGACCCCUAGUUCACAAAGCAAAGUUAAGUGUUUGUAGACCAAAAUGUUGGAGUACUCAGGAGUUUCAGACUCAUUCUUUUAGGAUAGGCGGUGGUAAUGUUUGCUGAGAAGCUGGGAAAUUUUAAGAUGGUUCAAGAGUGAAAUGCAUUUUAUUUUCUAAAGUAUUCAAACAGUAGCCUCAGUAAGAAUCGCUGGAGCUUGAGAGCUUGGUGCCAUCUCGCUGUCGUUCACUCCUGCAAUUCUCCAGACUCCUUUCUUAACGAAAGCUUCUUACUGCUGUCACUAGUAAUAAAAUGUUGCAUAAUGUGAGUUCACACAAGAAGAUUAACACAGAAAGGAGUUUUCCUGAGCUUGAGUUCCUCUGAAAGAACAAGCAUGUCACUUUGCAAGAAGUGAAGCUUGUACUUUGACCCAAAACACAGUACCGGUCUUGGGGUCUUUGUUUACAAAACGUUUCACUCAUAUUUUAUUUACUGAAUUUGUAAACAUUUUCUAAGAUAAGAGGGUUCUGAAGCAUACACCUUAGGCUGUAGGUGAAAUGAGUCUUAACUUAGUGGACAUUGGAGUAAUCCAUAAUACAAACACCACCUAAUUUGGCACAAUUGGUAGACUAUGCUUCUAUCUGAGUGACAGAAGAUCUCUCUCUCUCUCUCUCUCUCUCUCGUUUAGCUGUGAGGGGAAGCUAUUUCCUGCAUGCUGAGCAGAAAAGUCACUUAACUUGAGUUCCACCUAAAAGUUUAAUCUCAAAUGGGGAUAGUAGCUCUUUUGUAAAAACCUUUUUAUCUCAUUCAGCUGCUUGCUUAUUCAUGAUAAUGCUGGGGCCUAUUAACUGAUAAAGCUAAAGAAGAUAAGCAGUUUCUCUAGACUCCUCCAGAGAAUGUUUACAGUCUUGUCUCUGUACUGUGUUUUGAACUGGCCUGCUGGAAUGUUUUACUAAAUAGGACAUUCUUUGGGCUAGGUAUAAUAGAAUCAUAAGAAAACAAGUAAUACAAAAUAAAAGUAUGUUAUUGUCAGAAAAGGUGGUGCUUGCCAUACAAUUUUCAGUAUAACAGUCAGAAUUAAGCAUCCAUUUGUGGUGCAAUGCAUAUUCUAGCUAAAUCAGAGGGAUCCAAGUCUUCUAGUUUCUCUUCACCAUAGCCUUGCAGCGCUGAUUUAAUUAUGGGGGGGCAGGCAAUGCUGCUUCCUUUGUCUGUAGUAGAAUGUUUGUGCGUCUUAAACAGUAAAUAUUGUUCCAUGUGAAGUCUUCGUAUAGUGUUGAUUUUCCUAAGGAAUGCUACGUGGAAGCCUUGUGCUUUUCAAGUUUUGGCAUGCUAAUACUCUCGUUUUUGUAUAAAGUAUAUAAGGGGGAGGAGGGCAAGAUAGGAAGGGUAAACUAUUGUACCUCUUGACAAUUUUGAAAUGCCGAAGUUGCUGAUUUUAAUGAAGGCACAUCUUGUGGGACCUGUACAGUCUUCAUAAGCCCUUCUCUUCUCAUGUUUACAUUGAGUCACCAUUUUGACCUGUUUCAUCCAUUUUGAACUGCAGUCAACUCCCCAUCUUGGUUGUUAAGCAAGACUUCUGUUUAGGGGCCUCAAACCUUUAAAGGGACCACUCCAUAACUGAGACUGCACUGAAUUGUGGGAUACUGUAUCCAGUGUACCUGUGGUAGCACUUGGAUUGGCUAUUUCACCUGAAACCAUGAUUGGGAUUUAUCAGUAGAUGUUUGAUCUUGUGGGCCCCACAUGUUGUUUUACCAUGGCAUCCUAUUUUUAUGCUGUCAUAUUUUUAUGCUGAAGUCAUUUAAAAAUGACCACAGAUUACUUUCUUGUUAUAUUUCUCAUGUUACUUUUGACAAAUAUUGAAAAGUUGACCUGUGUUUGUGUUUUGGAUUUUUUGUUUUUGUUUCUUGGGAAAAGUAAAUAAAUACAUCAAAAUACU